ACUGGGCCCUCAUCAGCCAACCGGCGGUGGGCUUUCUGGUGACCGCUGCCACGCGGGGUGUGUGGCGUUCAUGUGGAGCACGCGAGGGUAUAGAGUGGACAGAAGAGGUUGAAGAGAGCACGUGGACAUCGGAGGGUGGAUAGUGGAUAGGUGGCAAGGUGGAGGGUGGACCGAUACAGAUAGAUAGUUGACAGGCGUUGUCACUCCCGACAGCUCAGUCGCUAACAGUUUAGAAGAGUGAAUUGAUGACAAACCUGGCGAAGAGGUGGCAUUCUAGAAUAGACGUCGCAAGAAGAAAGUGAAACUUAAGCGAUUUUAUUAAAUUUGUUGAUUGUGCUACUUCGCGAUACCCUUGAAGCGAGCAAAUUCAGCUGCUUUCUGUAACAGACUCUGGACCUUUUGUGCCCGACGAAAGGUGUUCGUUCAUCGACGCGAGCAGCACCCUCGGUCGGACGCAGAUCUGCUGACCGGCCGGUCAGCCGACGAACCGACGACCGUCGGCUGGUCGGACGGAACGUCCCGACAGUCUGAGGUGCGCUCCGCCGAGGAGCACGCGCGUGCCGCGUCACCUGGCGCUAUCGUCGGACUGAGCUGGCAGUCAGUCUGAGGUGUGCUCUGCGACGAGGGACGUGCCGUGUCACCUGUCCCUAUAUCAAUAUCCGUUGGUUGGGCAGACGGAGUCGGCAGUCAGUCUGAGGUGUGCGCUAAAGGUGGGACGCGUAUCACCUGGCCCGACUGUGUGACAGUCAGCGUUUCCUCCAGUGGCAGUUUUACUGUCUACGACUUCAGAUCUGUGUCCGUGAGUUGCGUGAGUGAUACAGAACAAGUGGAAAGAAACGCUACCCAGUGAAGACAGACAAAUAGACAGACGGACAGCAUUGGAGAAAAACGGCAAUCCGUGGAGACAGACAGGCAGACAAACAAACACCCAGGCGGACAGGCAGACAGGCGCGUUUACCCCGCUGCUGCUCUGUGAGCAGCGGCAGCGGCGGGUCCCCAAUGGGAAACAACACCAGCGGCAGCGGCUCCAGCUCGCUGUACGGCAACGGCUCCAUCGGCGACAUCAGCCACCGCUACCCGACGCCGUUCGUCAUCGCACUGAGCAUCAUCAUCGUCGUAUUCAUGAUCGUGAGCGUCACCGGCAACAUCCUGGUAAUUCUGAGCGUGUGCCGGUUCCGCUCGAUGCGGACGCGGACGAACCUGUUCCUGGUGAACCUGGCAGUGACGGACGUGCUGGCGGCGCUGGUCAACAUGCCCGUAGCGCUGGUGACGCUCACACAGGGCCGCUGGGUGUUCGGAGAGGUGCUCUGUCAGCUGAACGGGUUCACGUUCGGACUGGGCACCAUGGCUUCCAUCCAUACCAUGAUGCACAUCAGCAUCCACAAGUACAUCAGCAUGGCGCGACCGUUCAGCAGGUUCAUGACUCGGAGGAGGAUCGUGGUGAUCCUGGCCGCCGCCUGGCUCUGGUCCAUCUUCUACAACCUCACGCCGCAGCUGGAGCUUACACAUACGGUGUAUAAGGAGGGCGCUACUCAGUGCGGCCCAGCCAUCCCGCGCGAUUCCAAACAGCACAUUCACAGCGCCGUCAACAGCACGUUCAACUUCUUCCUGCCGCUCGGCGUCAUGCUAUUCUGCUACACCAGGAUAUUCGUCAACUUUCGACAACACCUAAACAGGAUGGGCGAGACGUCCAACAUGGCGGAGCGGCGCCGUGUGCUGCAGCAGCAGCGGAUUGCCGUCACACUGUUCCUCGUGCUGGCGUGCUUCCUGCUCUGUCACGUACCCUACAUCGUGUACUCGACGGGGCUGGUGUACGCCGGCCAGGAGCACAUGCCCAUCAUCAUGAAUCCCAUAUCUUACUGGUGCAUCUACAUGAACUCAGCGCUGAACCCGAUCACCUACGGAGCGCGCUGCUCGGCGUUUCGGGACAGCUACCGUGACAUCCUGCUAGGACGACGGAGGUCGCAGUAUGGCGGCAACCAGGGCGACUGCUGGACCCAGGCGGAUGGCGCGCACUACUUGAUGGCCCGACUGCGCGGCGGUCGACACGGCAGUGUCCAGUCUGCGCUUCUGCUGCCCGGCCCGCGCUCAUCAGUUACAGGGAGUAUAAAGAGCUCCGGCGAUCAGAAUGCUGUCAGGAAACAGGAUCUCCACAACCUGUCCAUCAAAGGCGGGGACAACUCGCCGACCAACUCUGGCGUUCGGCGCUCCCUCUGGCCAGACAAGCCGCUGAGCGAGGCUGCCACCCUGCGGUCCGGCGGUGUCCUGUGAGCGGCGGGUCGGGGUGGCACCGGUGGGACGUCUGACUGGUCAAAGUGGGACCGGUGAGACGUGUGGCUGGUCAAAGUGGGACCGGUGGGACGCGACACUGGUCAAAGUGGGACGUGACACUGGUCAAAGUUUGACCGGUGGGACGUGUGGCUGGUCAAAGUGGGACCGGUGGGACGUGUGGCGGGUCAAAGUGGGACCGGUGGGACGUGUGACUGGUCAAAGUGGGACCGGUGGGACGUGUGACUGGUCAAAGUGGGACCGGUGGGACGUGUGACUGGUCAGAGAGGAGGCAAGUGGUGGAAGGGUAACCUGAGGGCGUGGUCGUGCUCUGGCGUGAUGGAAACACAAGUUCGGCGCCAGAGAACCAACGACGAGACGGUGUGAAUGGCUCCGGUGAGGCAGGACUGAUUUCGACGAAUUGGAACGGCUCAGGUGUGACCUCCUCGCGAUAGGGCUGGCGAAGGAUAAACUCUGACGUUGUACGUCAAGAGAAACAGUGACUGGAGUGAACAUCUGAGUAGCCGCGAUGCAGACAAAAUGCGACUGUUGGCUAAAUAUUUUGAACAAAAACCGUUUACUAAGGAGACUCAUCCUUUUAAAGUAUUUGUCUGAUAAUUCCUGACCCCUAUAAAUCUUUAUCGUAUACUCGCAUGUAUGUUUGGAUGCCCUGUUGAUUUUGACGCUAUGAUGCUCGCCAAUGGAUAUUUCUAUUUGCUUGUCGAGAGUAGCUGCAAUGUUGUCAACAAUUGCGAUUCAAAUGCAAAAUCGUUCAUGCACUUUGUGCUGUCAACUGGUAUUCAAAUCAUUUGCAAAGUAAUGUGUUUUAAUUUAUCAGCACUUCAUCCACUUAAAUAUGGAGCCCACCGUGCUUGCAAUAAUUUUACGCAACUACAUACUGUUUUUUUUUUAAUGUCCUGUUGUGUCGUCUACCUUCAUGACUCUAUUAUUGAAUUGCUUUGAUAAUCAUCAUAUUUAAGGUCUGUGCAAUAUGAGAUAUCUUGUUGCGUCAAGCACGGUACACGUUUUCAUACCUGUUGAUCUCAUUUCCAUGUUACAAGAGGUCAUGUGAGAGACGUUCAUAAUGCUGCCUCAUUUAUUUUGUGUUCUGUUGUAAUUGACGUUUUUAUGAUGUUUCCGUUCCUUGCAUCGUAUUUUUUAUUAAUUACGACGAAAUGUAAAUAUAUUUAGGUAUGCUGAUA